UAAGACAUGACAUGUCAUAUGAGUCGUUAUGUUUUUUUUAUUAUCACAAUAUCAGUAGUACAGUACACAUGAACUCCAGCUUUUGACAGUUCUGGCAAUUCCCAAAUUAUGACCUUACCUUUCAUGUGACAUUACCAAAGAUAGUUAAAUUUCAGUUCAACUUGGUCAUUGUCAAGCAGACAGUGAAUAACAAAUGUGAUAGGGGUGUUUUGUCAUCAGUUAAAGUACAAAUCUAAAAGACAAGAAGAUGAUAAACAAAUAGAGUGAUAUGUCAUAGGAACACAUUUAGAAAAUGACAGAACUUUUAUUCAAGAUCAUUAUUAUUGGUGAUCCAACAGUUGGAAAGACAUCCUUUAUUCAGAGAUAUGUCAAUGAUUCCUUCCGCAGAGAUUAUAAAAUGACCAUUGGAGUUGAUUUUGCGCUGAAAGUUGUGAAAUGGACAGAAAACCAGAUGAUAAAACUACAGCUAUGGGACAUAGCAGGUCAAGAGAGGUUUACAUCAAUGACCAGAGUCUAUUACAAAGAUGCUCAUGCUUGUGUCAUAAUGUUUGAUGUGACUCAACGAUCCACAUUCCAAAAUGCUGUUAACUGGAAAAAGGAUCUGGAUUCAAAGUGUUCUUUAACUGAUGGUACUCCAGUUCCAUGCUUACUCUUAGCGAACAAGUGUGAUCUCAGUCAUAAAGAAGUGGAACAGUCUGAGAUAGAAGAAAUGUGUAGGGAACAUGAUUUCAUUGGCUGGACUGAAAUAUCAGUCAAAGAGGGUUUAAUGAUUGAAGAACCAAUGAGAUUUUUGAUGGAAGAGAUGAUGAUAAAACACACAGAAAUGGAAGGAUUUUCAGAAUCUAUGAGACAAGCAGCAUCCAACCCUGAAGCCAUCCAUCUAAAGCAACAAAGUACUGUAUUAUCUACACAGUCAGGAUGUGGUUGUUAAUGACUGUAGAUUUAUAUAGAUUAGUGUUACUUAUAUUGUUAAUAACUAUAGAUUUAUGUGGGUCAGUGAAACCUACAUUGUUGACAACUGAAGCUGUUCAAGCUUUAAAUAGAUCAACGAAUCUUAUAUUAACAAUAUUCAACUAGAAUUAAUACCAUAUUCACAGGAAUUAAUUGAAUUGUAAAAUCUGAAGGAUUGCAUUUUAAAUGCUUCAAUGUAAAGAAAAAUUAAGAGUUGUCUACUCAGAAAAAAAUAAAUGGUCGAAUAUUAGAUUGAUUGGUUGGUAUUUAACAACACUUUCAGCACUAUUGUACUAUUUUGUGGCGGUCAGUUUUUAUUGUUGGAAUAUUAGAAGAGAAUGUAAUAUUUUAAAAGAUUUCAUUUACUCAAUUGGUACUGCUAUAUUAAACUUUUUGUCUUUUCUUUUCACGAUAGAUUGCAAUUUUGUUUUUGCUUGGUAGCACAUAAAAUGUGCUAAAUCUAUUAGGGUUGGUGAAUUUUCACAGUUUAACUUCUUUCAUACAGGUUAAAUGGCAAUAACCUUUUGUCAAUCUGCUUGUUUAAAAGUUUCAUUGAAGUAUUUCAUAUUCAUAAUUCCAUUAUUGUAGAACCUUUAAAACCAAAACCAUAAACAUGUUAACCAAUUUUUAUGCAGAGGAUCAGUUCAAAUUGAAUUUUAUUCACAGCUGUCUAAGAUACUGAUACUGAUUAUUCUACAUUCUUGUAAUCAAUAAUGCUUUGGCAAAACUAUUUGCCUAAGGUGAGAUACCUUAGCUUAGAUUUACCUGAGUUCUUUCUUGGCUAUUUGGUUUCAAUACCUUAUGUUUUCAAAUAGCUCUUGAUAGAAAAUUAAUAAAACACUUGCAAGAAGAUUUGUUAACACUAAUAUGGUUUGGGGGUUUUAUUUAACAUGUUAAUUAAAGGCCAACAUAUUGUGAUAUUAAGUUUCCUCAUUAAGUCUGCCUAUUUAGUUGGUUUAAUGUGAGCUUUGUAAGGCUUGGAAUAUCUGAAGUGUAAUAUUUUGUUUUAAUCUGUGAUAUAAUAAAGUAAUACAAAUUUUUAAUUUGUGUAUAUAGUAUUUUUACAGAUUUUAAAAAAAAAUUUUAUAAUCAUAUAAUAUUGACAUAAACUUGUAAUUAACAUUAGGUUGAUUAAUUUUUUAAUGAUUUUUUGAUAAACAUAAUAUUGACAUGGACUUGUCCAUCAGGUAGAAAGAUAGAUGGUAGUUAUCAUUUCUUGUCGAUCAAGAUUGAUUAAGAAAUUGCAAUAUAUUGAUUUGAAAUCCAGGAUGUGAAGUGAAUUUGUCUAAAUUUCAAGUUCUGAACCAUUGCUGAUCAUGGUCUAUGUUGUAUGUUUGAAUUAUUCUUGUUUUUGCUUGUGUUUUAAAUUAUUUUUCAGUUACAGUUUUCACACAAUACCAACAAUGUAGUAUAUUUAUUCAGAAGGUUUCAUGACUGCUUUCUAUGUUAUAUUCACCAAUUUUUUGAUAUUCAAAGCCAUUUUGUCUUAAGUUUAAAUAUAGUGACAUUCAUUACAUGUCAAAACAAUACCUUUGCCUGGCUUGUGCGGAAAGAUUCAACAUACCUUUAAUUGCAUAUAGGUAGGUACCUGCUGGUUCCCAGAAGUUAGGAAAUACAUAAACAAGUGUUUCUGAUCCGAGGAACAGACAAAAUAUGCCCUUAUAUUUCAAUUUUUUCAUACCUUUUUAAUUUUUCAAAAUAAACAUUCAUCAAAGGUUCAACAGUGAUACCAGUUCCUUAAACUUCCAUUUUUUCAACAAAAGAAUACCCAAAUAUUUUACUUAUUUUGAAAUUUGCAAAGGAUCUCUAUGGUAUGCAUGAUCAUGUUUAUUAAAUUAAAUCAAAACCCAUAUAAGACCAAACGCAUGAAAGAUUCUAAGGAACUUUUAUUUGGUCUAAAUGUUUCUGUGGGUUGAAAAACGGUCAUCAGGACAAUUUUCUAUAUAUGUUCUGAGCUUGAGUGGUUUGGUAGGUUCUUGUUACUUGACGUCAUAAACAACAGUUGAAACUAAAGAGAAUAAAAAUGACAGGUCUGGAAUGAAAAAAGUGACAUUAAAGACAUCGGUUAGUAAGGAUAACAAUUAAAAUAAGAAUAAAAUAAAGACCGUUUUGAAGUUAUUGUUUUCUAAGAAAAUUAUAGAUUCCGAGUACAAAUAGUUUUAAAUGCCAUAAUUGUUCCGGCACGGUGGCACCUUGUCUGUAAGAAACCCUUGAAGUAGCUUUAAAUAGAAAUAAGCUUAUUUUUUUUCAUAAUUGAAAAAAUUUAAAUAGUUGACAAUUACAGCAGAUUCCAUUGAGUGU